GAAAAAUGGAAAACCGGCAUCCGCUAAACCACAGCGCGGACGAAAAUGUGUCUUGAGUGAUCAUGACAGACUAUCAUUGAAGACGACUGUGAUGAAAAAUAAGAGGAAUACAGCGGCAAAAGUAACUGAUGAUCCGAAUAUCAGCACCAAAAAAUUACGAAGGCAGCUUCACAAGCAGGGUAUUUUUAGGGGAGCUGCAAUUCGAAAGCUCCUCAUCAGUGAUCAAAAUGCCACCAAUAGUCUGUAUGAAGCUCUUGACUUUCAUCAAAAAGAAAAUCUUCGGCUUAGAGUAAGUAAAGCUAAUCUUGAGCAAGAUGUUAUUGAGCUUCAGAAGAAUCCUGAUUCUAGCUUAUCCAAACCAAGUGAAAGAUCCUCUGAAAAGAAAAUUUUGCUCUUGCAAGAUGAAGUGGGAGAACUGCAUAAACAGAAAGGAAAGUUUGCUCAACAAGUUAUAAACUUGCGUAAUGCUCUUGAUGAAAAGGAGAAAGAGAUAGCAUCAAAAAAUGCACAGAUUUUGGAAUUGGAAACUUCUCUGAAUGCUACAGAACAGCUGUUGAAAAAAGUGCAACAAAAGUUGUCAGAAACUGAUCAUAAUUUACAGUUCAUCAAAGAUGAAUAUGAUGCCUUACUGAUUACAUAUUCUAGUGUAGAGGAAAAGAAACAAAAGCUAGAGAAAGAGAACCAAGAACUUAUUACUCGUUUAAUUGAAGUAAAAGCUGAAGAUGCAGACAGAUUGAAUGCAGAAACAGAGUUAAUUCAAAGGAAGAAACAAGCUAAGUUGCAAAAGGAAUUGGAAGAAGCAGCAAGGGAACCUGUCUCUCUUGAUACAAGCAGGUCAAAAGCUGCUGUCUGUCUAGAUGCUAUCGUGCCAAGGAAAGUAAUGUACAAGUUUGAUGCUCAUGAUGGAGAAGUAAAUGCUGUGGCAUGGACCCAUACAGGUUUUAAAUUUGCCACUGCUGGUGGGGACCGGAAAGUAAAACUUUGGGAUAUUGUGUCUGGUCAAGCAUGUUUAAAAGGAGUUGCUCAUGAAAGUAAUUCCUCCAUAUAUUCUGUGGAUUUUGACUCUGAGGAGACAUUACUCCUAGCUGCAUCUUGUGAUUUUGCAAGUCGGGUUUGGAGUGUCACUGACAUGAAAAUAAAGCAUACUUUGACCGGACAUAUUGGAAAAGUAAUGUCAGCAAAAUUUCUUGGAGAAACGGGUAAAGUGGUUUCUGGAAGUCAUGAUAGAACAUUAAAGAUCUGGGAUCUUCGUCGCAGAGCAUGUAUCCGUACUAUUUUAGCUACUUCUAGUGUUAACGAUGUCGUAACUACUGACAGGAGUGGGACCAAUAUUGUGAGUGGACAUUUUGAUAAAAAAAUAAGAUUUUGGGACAUGAGAUCUGAAUCUAGUACAAAUGAAAUACUUUUGCAGGGAAGAAUAACAUCUCUGGAUUUAUCUGUUGAUGGUUUUUCUCUACUAAGCUGUGUACGAGAUGAUUCAUUAAAACUGAUUGAUUUCAGAAUGAAUAAUGUUGUACGUACCUUUAGUGCUGAUGGGUUUUUAAUUGGAUGUGACUGGACUCGGGCAAAAUUCAGUCCUGAUGGCCAGUUUUGUGUUUGUGGAUCCCAAGAUGGAUGUAUAUACAUCUGGGUAAUUGCUACUGGAGCAGUAGAGAAGGUCCUGAGGGAGCACAGUGGAACAGUUGUGGCCUGUGCUUGGAGUUGGUGUGGAAACUAUCUUCUUAGCUGUGACAAAAAUAAAAGAGCUAUUUUGUGGUCUGAAUUUUAAAGAACAGCUAUGUCACUCAUGAAAAUCUCCUUUAUUUGUACAAAAAUUCUAAUGUUGUAUAUGUUUGUAAAUACUGUACUGUAAAAUGUGUGAAUGAAAGAAUGUUGUUUAUAUUUCAUUGCUUUCAUUUGGAUGAAAUUUUUAGUAUUGAUAAGCUUCUUUAAUUUGCUGUAAACUGCCAUUUGCAUGUUCUUUAUCUGAAAGAUAUACAUAAGGUUUUUAAGGAAAUUUUUCAUAAGAUUGUAUGUACUUAAAGCUUUAUUGCAGGUUUUUGUUUUAAUACUACAGUAAUGAAAAUUGAGAUUUCAUGUUAGGAAAUGUGUACUCAAUAAAAUGUAAGUAUAAAAGUUAGCACAGUCA